AUGCUGUGCUGCUGUGUGGAUGAAAAGCCUGCUGAGUUCGUAGAGCUUCAGACGGAUAGUGCCUUCCCUGAGGGAAAAGGCGGGUCCAAGGAGGCCAAAGAAGAUGGUGACACUUUUGAAGUGAGUCUGGAACGAAAGCCGGGGACUUACUUUGGCGUUGACCUCUCCAGUGCUGGCAAGGCCUGCAUUGUGACCAGCGUCACCUCCGACGGCUUGGUGGCGGAGUGGAACAACAGUGGGGUGGCACCGCGCUGCCAGGUCCAGAAAUACGAUCGGCUUUUGGCCGUGAAUGGGCAGACAAGCGAGAAGAGCAAGGAAGUCCUGGACAUGCUGAAACACACCCAUGAUCAGAUGGUCCUGACCUUCCAGCGCGCCAGGAUCAACGAAGUGAAACUGCAACGCGAUGGGAAGAGUUUGGGCAUUCAUCUGAAAGAUGGCCCACACUUCCUCCUGGUGCUUGGGGUCGAAGAUGGUGUGGUCAAGGAUUACAACAAGUCUGUUCCGCAUCCGUUCCAGGUCGUCUCCUCGGACCGCAUCAUUGCAGUGGACGGCUUCGAAGGCUCCGGUGCUGCCCUCAUGGACAAGGUGAGAGGCAGCGAUCGCGAGCUGUCGUUGAAAGUCUUGGCCUGGAGGGGAAGCGUCUGA